GACAGUAGUAAUAUGAAUAGUUGUAAAUCACGUACGGUUUUAGUUUAGGAUCGGAGUAGAAGUAGAAUAAUAGAUAAUAAUGAUAACCAGAGGAUUGUGACACAUUGUUACAAUUAUAAGUUAAACUUGACACAUGAAGUCAUUACAAAAACAACUUCAACAACAAGUCUAGGAUUAUGUUUUCUGGGCUCUCCUAUGUUACGUAACAAACAAAGGGGUACUUGGACCACGCUCUGUCACCCCAUUCAUAAAACCGAAAUGGUUGUUUAACAGUUUGAGAGAGCUAGUCUUGCUCGCAGUCACUUGAGUGUGACUUUCGCCGUUUUCUUCUGUAAUUCUGAACUUUUUCUUCUUAAUUCUUCUUUUUCCUCUCCUUCUUCUUCUCCUUCUUUUUUUUUCUUCUUCUUCUUUUAGAAAUGUCUCACUAUGUGAGACUAAGAUUAGGCGCAUAUACUUUUGGGGUAAUAAAUAAACCUCGGCCCAGUCAUCCAAAGUGAGUCAAAUAUGAUAUGAUUUAUAAAUGGGGCGCCAAAUAACUAAAUCAUUAAAUUAAUUUCUUUCUUGUUUGGUUGCUGCCUGCAAUUGUCUAAAACUAAGCGAGAAAAAUAUGCAGUCAUGAAGGCAUAACAUAAUUAUCUUCCUAGCUCUUAGUCCUCCAUGGUAUUAUGAGUCAACUUUAAAAGAAAAUGAGGGAUCGCCGAAAUGUUUCCAAUUUGCUUUGAAACUACAUUGAAAAUUGAAAAUAAAAAUGACAUGCUGUUUACAAUGAACGAUUUGAUUAAGCUAUGCACUGGCAUAUCACAGCUAUAGUUACAAUUUAUUUGACAAACUAGUAACCCCCCCCCCCCCCCCCCCCCCCCCCCAUCACAAAACAACAAUAAGUUCACUGCGUGCCUGGGGAUUACAUGCUUGCCUUCAAGAAAUUAGAUGAUGAUACUGAGCUCUUCUAUUUUACAUAACAAAAUAAACAAAGGGGUACACUUCCUGUCCCCCAUUCACAACGAAACACCAAUCGGCAAUGGUCGCGUGCGAAAAUUUGCAUAACAAGUGAUAGAUCGAGGGCUUAUAUUGGUAUAGUGUAGACUCAUUUGCAUAUGAAUAGUCUGCAUUCGCCCCGUCGUGUUUAAAGCAUUACUAAUCUCUCUAAUAGUCUAGAGUAUUCACUUCGCUUUCUGUCAGUUUAAGCUUGCCUUGACGACUUGUAUAGAUACUCAAACAUUCCUCUAUUAUAUAGUUAGUUGGCAUUUUAGUUUAGUAAGCAUCUAUUUUGCUCGAAAAAGUCAUCGAUAUCGUCGAUUCGUUAAAAGUGCCUUGAUCCAGACUAUAUUAGUUCAACAUGUGGUGGCUUGAGCGAAAGCAGAACCAGUUGUUCCUGAUAGUGAAUGGACGGAGGGCAUUCAGCCGAAACAGGAAUGUCGAGUUUCCCGACGUCAUCAGCAUGAUUUGCGUCGCUACCACUUCAUCUACUGAAGACAGCAUACAGGUCUGUUUUAGUAAUGGUCUUUCUACACAGGCAAAGUUUUGCCAAAUGAGUGUCACAAACAUGGCAAAGACUUUGAAAAAAACGGAGAACAGCCUGACCGAUGUUUUGUCAGUGAUGGCGAUCGUUAAUGACGACAUGAUCUAUUCAUUUCCGUCAUCAGAGGAAGAACUCCUUCCUUCUCAAUCUUACACACAAUCGAGGCAAAAACGUAGCAGUUCUGGAUCUAGCAGCGACGGAACUCCACCAGAACGUAAGAGACGAAACAAGACUUCUGAACAUUCGGCGGAGAAUUCAGAUGCAGCAAUUGAACAAAAAUGUCAAGGCAUUUCUGAAAUCUCCCUCAAAAAACUUGUGGAGCCCGAGAAGGAUCUCCAGAGACCACGUACCAGGAAGGAAGUGAUGGAGGCCAAACAGUUCGUGAUGAAGGCAGCAACCCACUUCCAGAGCUCCCAUGUCCUUCCAGUCCUCGCAGUAGAUGGCCCUUCUGGAACAGCUUACCAGCUCCUAGGAGGGGUGUGCUAUGCUCUUGCAGCUAAGGAUCUUGUUGACGAUGAAAGAUAUGAACAUCUAUCUCGUGGAUGGCGCUGCAGGGUGUACCAAAACCUGGACAAGGUUGAGGCAUUGAGAGUGGCAUCACUGCAUAGGUGUGGGCAACCUGCUGUAGACAAGCCGUGCUUGCAGGAGGAGGUUGCUGUCUGCAGGUCAAUUCUAUACGAUGACAACAACCUUGAUGUGGAGGAUGAGCCCUGCACUAUGACUGCCUCGACAAGACGCAAGUGUUCCCUAGCCCUUGGGAAAAAUGGCUCCUUCAAUGCACUGAGGGCUCUCGAGCCAACUUUCCAGUUGGCUAGUUAUUCAAACAGAUGCUACAGGAAAGCCACUCUCCUUUUCGAUGCAACUAGAGAAUCUACUGGAAAGGAUUUGAAACAAUGUUGUUUCAUGAAGCUACAAGGACUCUCAGAAGAGGAGCGAUAUUCACUUCUUCUGGAGGCGACCUUGUCUUUGAAUGUUAAAAAGAUGAAGGCGGAUGCCGAUGAACUGAAGGCAAUGAAGAGUCUGAAGAGCGUGUUUGCUAAGGGAGUUGGGGCUAAGACGUGGGAAGAGGCGAUAGAAAGAUACCCAACCUUCACUUCAGAAGCAGCCCUGGAACCCUAUGUUGGUAAAAAGUAUACAAAAGGUAACAUCCCAGAGGUCUUCCUGGAGCACAUCAGCAGGGCCAAGAGAGACAUGGACAUGAAUGCAGACGACAUCCCAGCCCUUAUGAUACAAGAACUAGAAGAGGAUAUCCAGUUAUCCUCAACACCAUCGGCUACUACCAGAAUCUUCCUGACAAAGGACAUCACAGCGAUAUCCAAAGUGGUCAGCCAACAUACCCGACACGAUGUGCAUAUAUUGCAUAUUGUCCAGUCCCCAGUAGGAGAUAUUCAAGAUGUCAACCAUAAUGAGGAGGGGUGCUGGCACUAG